AUCUCCACUUACCUCAUUUACUGCUUACCUAAGUGGCUUUUCAUAAAUUCUAUUGAAUUACCUUCGUGAUGAGCCGACUAUUUUCAUUUCAUUUCGCGUCAGAAACGACCCUAGCCGCGUUAUACUCCAGUGAAGGCAGUGUAAUGGAGCGUCAUCACCUCGCGCAAGCUAUGUGCAUUCUUAACACGGAGGGGUGCGACAUUCUGGAGGCAUUGCCGCGGAGGGAAUAUGAUCGGGCCAUCAUGCUCCUCAGGGAUUACAUUCUGGCUUCCGAUCUGGCUAAUUAUUUCAAGAACCUGAACGAGUUUAAAUCAAUAUCUCAAGAUUACCAGAAAGGCAAUCGGAUGCAUAGCGCGUGUCUUCAGGCGCUGCUCAUGAACGCCGCAGACCUCAGCGAUCAGCUCAAAGACUGGAACAGCGUCAAGAAGACCGCGGCUGCAGUAUUAACGGAGUUCUUCAAGCAAGGCGACGUGGAGAAGAGUCGCGGGGACCUUCCACCUCUCAUGAUGGACCGGGACAAGUGCUUCAUACCAGAACUCGAAAUCCAGUUCCUGCAGAUGACCUGCGUGCCGCUUUUUGAUAAUUUGGGAAGGAUAAUUCCAAAGGCAACGGCGUGUGUGAAGAUCAUAGAGAAUCACAUCGAGAGAUGGGACGCUGCUAAGCCAGUUUUUGCGGAAGUGCCGGCGACUGCAGGGCUAGCCGUUUUACUGAGUCCAGAGUUAGAUAACCUCAUAGAGUUAAACCUCAAGGAGAAAGAACGUUUGCGAGUAGAGGGAGAAGUUGGCGAGGAAGCAACUUAGAAUAUAAUAAUGAAGUUAGUAAACAAUUAUUUAAAUUUCGAAAAGUGUUAAAUUAUGUUUAAAUUUGU